AGUUUGUCAAAUUUGACAGUUGUUUUGCAUGUCAUUCGCUGUUCGCAUGUGAUUUGUUUUGAAACAACAAAAAUAUUUACAAGAUGGGCAAGAUUUUUCUGGACCACAUCGGCGGCAGCCGUUUGUUUUCCUGCGCGGCAUGCGAUGUAAAUCUCACCAAUCGUUCGGAGUUAAUUAGCACGAGAUUUACUGGAGCAACAGGUCGGGCAUUUCUAUUCCAUAAAGUGGUGAAUCUGGUUUACUCGGAGGUGCAAGACCGUGUGAUGCUGACAGGUCGCCACAUGGUGAGAGAUGUCUCGUGCAAGAACUGCGCCACCAAGCUUGGAUGGGUUUAUGAAUUUGCUACUGAAGAGAAUCAAAGAUACAAAGAAGGCCGUGUCAUCCUUGAAAGAGCUUUAGUCACUGAAAGUGAUGGCAUAGAGGAAAUUCAAGUGAAUAAUGAUGAUUGAUAUGUUGUAAAUAUUAAAAUUAUUGUAAUUUUCUAUGUUUUAUGUAAUAGGUAUGAUGACAAAUUUUUGUUUUGGUGUUUUAAUAAUUUAGUAAAACAAAAAUUAAAACAUUGGUGAAAUAAUCGCAUCUAUAUACAUAAAACUGCCGGAAAACAGAACAAACAGCUUCUUCAAUUUGGAGAGCAGGGAUUUUGAUAUAUGACUUGUUUUUGUAGUAAUGGUUUGAAAUAUAUUUUUUACCUCCUCUGUUGUAUUAUUUGAUUAAAGCUUUUUACUUUAUUAAGAUGUAAUAUAAAUUCAAUCAAAUCAUGAAAGUUGUAUGUUAUUCAUCACAUGUCAUUCAUUAGGUAUGUCUAAAAGAUUUUUCCUAGUUUUUAAGUUUAUAAAUAAAUUAGCACUCCACAAUUUUAAAAAUUAUUUGUUUGUCUAGAAUAAAUGAUUAAAUUAUAUAAGAUAA